AUCUUUGACUACCGUAUUCGUGACCCCAACGACCCCGAGGUCUUCCUGGAUGACACGAAGAAGUACGGCAAGCGGAUGGAGCUCUACUCGGGCAAGGAUUUUCAAAUAGAGUUUUGGGAGCAAUGUCUGGGCACCAUGUUGAUAGGUGAGGUAGCCUCCUUCAUGGUCCCACCGCGUUGUCUCCUCUCCUUCCCCGCGGUGAACAAGAAGUUGCGGGACUACAUGCUGGACAAGGGCGCUCCUGGCAGCGCAGGUGGACCCCCAAAGCACACCUGUGGUUUCAUGAGUCUGCGUGAACAGGGCGGUCUCGGAUAUCCCGAUUUGGACGACCUGAUGACUAAUCCCAAGACUCUGGAAUUUAUUUUUGAACUCAUUUCUGAAUCGGCACGCAAUGCCCGCACCCCCUUCCUCAAGGUUCUAACCCCUCUCGCCAGCCAGCCAACCACAGACAUCUGCCUAUCACUAACCCAUCAUGAUCAAGUGUUUGAACUAGCCCUCACUCAAACCAAUGCGGACGCCCGCCUUCUGUCCGUCUGUCAACGCUAUUAUUCCUCCUUCGAUAUCUAA